CCUACAGGACCAACCGUCAGAGAACUGUAAUCACAAUAUGGUUGUCAAUGCUCAGAAAGCACCAGAUAGUAUGUUGUGCGAUACAGGCUUAGACGAGCAAUCACCGCUGCCACCAGAUCAUAAACUACAGGACCAACCGUCAGAGAACUGUUAUCACAAUGAUGUUGUCAAUGCUCAGAAAGCACCAGAUAGUAUGUUGUGCGAUACAAGCUUAGACGAGCAAUCACCGCUGCCAACAGAUCAUAACCUACAGGACCAAACGUCAGAGAACUGUAAUCACAAUAUGGUUGUCAAUGCUCAGAUAGCACCAGAUAGUAUGUUGUGCGAUACAGGCUUAGACGAGCAAUCGCCGCCGCCAACAGAUCAUAACCUACAGGACCAACCGUCAGAGAACUGUAAUCAUAAUAAGGUUGUCAAUGCUCAGGAACCUGACAGUACUAUGGAUGUUUUGUCCAGGAAAAAAAAAAAAAAUUGUCUGCACUGUAGUUCGUUCCACAGAAGAACCAUUGAAAUUAGUAUUCAACAGAAAAGAGGCCGAAAGUGAUUCAGAUUCGUCUGAAAUCAUUGGAGAUGAAUCAAGCGAUGAAUUCGAUAAUGACUGUAAGAAAGAUGAUGACGAUGAAGAUGAUGAC